AGUCCCCCUAGGAGCGUGCAUUUAUGCUGCAACAUUGACAAUUUUAGGGGGCCAAAGUUGCUGCGCACUCUACUCAAACGCUUGACCGCGGGCCUGCUAAACACAGGGCUGAGUCCCCAGGAACUUCACUUUGUAAUAAUUAUUUAGUUAAAUAGCGCGUUGGCCGGCUGUGGUUCCUGGACCGGAGAAAGCGGGGGGCCUGAGGCCCCCUUCGAGGCGCUCGAAAUGGACACUGGCUGUGCAGCUUCAACAUGUGGCCUCUAUGGGAACGAAUGGCUAGGCUAAGGAGGCUCGGCGUCGCGGUUGUAUGCGGCGAUUGUUGCGCCUGCUGCUAUACAUAGCAGCAGGCGUCGCAACCUUCCGGGGCGCUGGGGCGAGCUUCUUUGAGAGCAAUGCCUUGUGCGGCCACACCGGCGUGGAGGACUUUGUCCACUUUGACGCAAGUCCAGAGCUCCAGAUUGAACCCUCGCUAGGAGUUUGCGGGUGGGGCUUCAACAGCCUGCUCGGCCUACUGCCGCGCGUGGAUUUGUGCAUUUCCUGCACGUUCACGCCAGCAGAAAAGCCGACAUGUCGAGGAGGCACCACAAUUGUUCGGGAACCGGUGUGGCACCUAGCGAAUCGGACGGACUGCGAGUUCCAAGGCUGCUGGUUUGGCGACGGAACAUGUGCGAAUGCGGGAACGGUCGAGUCGGUGGCGCUCUGCGCAGACGGCUCGCCCAACCCCAAAUGCUGCCCCUUUAAAAAGUACUUCCGCUGCUGCCGGGCGCUCAGCUGCAUGCAGCGCAGCACGCCCGCCGGCAAGUGCGUUGUGCGGGAGAAAGACCUCUUGCCGGGGCAGCAGUUUGUGGGGCGUGUGUUCGCCGUGCCCGCCGCCUCCACCGACUGCUACGCCUACUCCUUCGACACGACGCGCGUGUGCGGCUCCGACCGCGCCUUCCCGGCUGGCAGCGUGUACGAUGCGUGUGAGACGCGCGCCGUCAGCCGCGACGCGGACGGCUGUGCCAAGCUACCGGGCUACACGUUUUACCGCGGCUGGGCGUUGCCGCCGGAGGAGGCCACCAGCUGGCGCGUGGACGACGGCACGCAGUGGGACAAGGUGGCGGGCGGCAUGGCCGCCAAGGCCGCGGCCGCGCGCGAUAUGCCGCUCAUGGCGGGGCGCUGCAGCGCGCUGGGCUCGUGUGUGGCGUUCGUGAGCAGCGGCAACAGCACGGACCUUCUGUACCAGCUGCCGGCGCGCAGCCACUGGCGGCUGACGGCGCCGGACGCGGACUACUGCGCCGGCAUCUACGCCAAGGAGCCGCCGCCCGACUCGUGCCCGCGCAUCCCGGGCUACUUGUUCACGCCGCUGCACACGCUGGACGCCAACGCGUCCACGUCAGCAGCAGGCAGCGCCACUAGCAGCAGCACCAGCAGCGGCGGCAGCGGCAGCUUCAUCACGAUUGCGGGCUCGGGGCCGUGCGCCGACUGCGCCGACAACUCGGCGCUGGCGCUGCGCUGCGAGGCCUACGGCUCCGCCUGCGCCGGCUUCAGCAACUACCACGGCCUCAUCGUCAGCGCAGGCAGCGGCAGCGACGGCAGCUCGCCGGCGCUGCUGACGGACGCGCCGCUGGCGCAGUUCACCAGCACGCCGUGCGUGGGCAUGUUCUCGCGCACGGGCCGCGCCUUCCCGGCCGAGGUGGAGGAGUUGGACCGGCUGCUGUGCGGGCAGCUGGUGUACUGCACCGGGCAGCUGCGCUACCACGCUGCCGGCGUGCAGGCCAGCGGGAUUAGCAGUUCCGGCAGCAGCAGUAGCGGGGGGAGCAGCGGGGGCAGUAGCUACUACGUGGACAUUGCAGUUGACGUGCUGACGGACUUCGCGCUGCCGCGGCAGCUGCUGGACGCCUCUGGCGGCGGCUUCAAGUCGCUGCCGGCGGUGCGCUCGCUGACGGUGCGCUGCGGCGGCGGCUCGGGGCUGCUGGGCUCGCGCUUCCCGCUGGGGCUGGCGGCGCUUCUGCCGUUCCUGCGGGAGCUGCGGCUCAGCGGCUGCCGCCUGGGCGGCCAGCUGCCGGACGAGCUGGCCAGCCUCAAGUACCUGCGCGUGCUGGACCUAAGCGACAACGGGCUCAGCGGGCCGCUGCCGGAGUCCUGGGCCAACAUGACGCUGGGCUACCUCAACCUCAGCCGCAACGCGCUCACGGGCGGCGUGCCGCUGUCCUGGCGCCGCCUCAUAACGCCGCCCGCCGCCGCGCCGCUGCCGCCGCCCAGCCCGCCGCCGCCCCGCUCGCCGCCAGACUCGCUGACGGCGGCGGUGGCGCUGGCGGCUUCUGGGACGGGCGGGAUGGCGGCGGGGACGCCGGCGUCCACGCCCAUCUCCACUCUGGCCACGGCGGCGGCGUUGCUGGUGGCAGACCUGUCGUACAACCAGCUGGAGGGCGCCGUACAGCACGAUUACGUGUACAGCAGCUGCGUGGAUGGCGAGAUGCGGAUGAGCCUGGCCGGCACCGCUCCGCCGGGGGCGCUGGUGGACGCACUGGGGUCGGGCGGGCGGCCCACGUUCCUGCUGCACGGCAACCCCGGUGUGGCGGCGUGGGCGGGGGCGUACCAGUACGCGGCGGCGGACGUGGAUGCUCUGGAAGGCGGUGGCAUCAACAUGUGCGGCGCCAAUGGGUACAAGGUGGCGCUGGGCGUGCUGUGGGGCGUGUUCGGUGCGCUGCUGCUGCUGGUCGUCGGCAUUGCCGUGUACGGCGCCGUGCGGGAGUCCCGGCGGCAGCAGCGCCUGGGCGGCGGCGGCGGCGGCAGUGGCCGCUUCGGCUUCAUGUCUGACCACGACCGGCACCGGCAGCACCCCUUCCCGCCGCGCGCCUCCGACCAGGACGGCGACGGCCAUGCCCUCGACACGGAUGACGACGGCACCGUGCCCAACAGCCCCAGCGCGGCGCACAUGGCGGACAGCCCGGGCCGCGCGCCGCGCGGCAUUGGUGGUGCCGGCGUGGGCGGUGGGAACGACGACGAGGAUGAUGACGACGACGGCAGCGGCGGCCGGCGCGGCGCAGUAGCAGUGGUGUCCAGCAGCGCCACCGCAUCCGCGGCGGCCGCGGCCGCGGCGCGCUGCGGCGCGCGCGGGCGCGGGCUGUGGGCGACGGCGGGCGGCGCGCUGCAGCGGCUGUGGGGCAAGCGCUGGUUCCGGCGGCUGGUGCUGCUGGUGCGAGUGGCGUACCUGGUAGCAGACGUGGCGCUGGACGUGGCGGUGACGGUGUGGCUGUACUCGGACGGCGCCAGCAGCAGCAGCGCCGUGUGCCUGGCGUUCAUCGUCAUCACGCAGGGAGUCAUCGGCAUUGCGCUGCUUGCGUCGCUGUCGCACCAUUUCUUCGCCAGCCGCACGCUGGUGCUGCUGCUCAGCCCGCUGCUGUUGGUGCUGAUGCCGGUGGUGGGGCCGGUGCUGGCGGUCGCAAACAUCCGCAACUCGGACGUGCCGUUGGUGUUCUGGAGGUACCUGGAGCUGGUGGAGUUCUGUGUGGCGCUGCUGCAGGCGCCCGCCGAGUCGGUGACGCAGUCGGUGGUGUACGCGCAGCAGAACCUCAUGGGCAACGGCAUGUACAUGAACCACGCCCUUUUCAUAGCCUCCAUCGUCUUCUCCCUAGGCGACAUGGUCAUCGCCGCCGCCAAGCUGUGCAGGUACAAGCGCGGCCCGCUGCGGCGUGUGCAGGUGGCCCUGACGCACCUGGACAAGGUGCGGGACCCGGCCGACUACCGCACCCGCCUCAUGGCCGACUACGGGCCGCACGCCGGGUCGGGCGGCGCGCUGGGCAGAUACGAGCCCACUGCCAGCCACCUCGCCACGCCGCUCACCGGCGGUGCAGGCGGCGGCGGUGCAGAGUCAGCGGGAGGUGGCGGAGGCGGUAGCGCUAUGUUUGGGCUUGGCGGGAAGGGCCGGCAGGGCGGCGGCGGGACGUCUGGGUCCGACAUGUUCGGACUGGGGCCUCCCGGGGCCUCAGGCGGCAGCGGGUUACUGGAGCUGCAGCCGGCGGAGGGAGCUGGCGAGGGCGUCGGUGCCGCGACGGCGGCGGCCGCUGCGGUCUCGGCCGCUGCGUCAGCAGCGGUGGCGGCGGCCACCUCGGGUAGCGGUGGCGGCAUGUCGCCCAUGGGCUUCACGCCCACGUCUUCCCGCUUCCGGCCGCCCUCACUGUUGCAGCCAUCGACAUCGCAGCGGGCUGGCGGCGGCGGUAAUAGCAGCGGCGGCAUGCCGUCGACGCCAAGUCGGUUAGGCACUGGGCAGCAGCCGCCGGGCAACACACGGCUGGCGCCCAUGUCGUUAUCGGGGCAACUGCCGUUGAAGCCCAUGCUGCCUUCCUUGCCAAUAACGCCAGGCCGGCCAGGGGGUGACGGGUCUGCGCCAGCCACAGGAUCCGGCGCGAACCCAGCGGACCCGGCUGGCGGCGACGUGGCAGCAAUGUGGGGUGGCGCCGGCGCGCUAGUGCUGGCGGCAGGGGCGGUAGGCGCCAGCGGCGCCGGCGGCUCGUUGGAACGCAGAUCGCGGAGUGUGCCAGCGGAGGGCGGCAGCUUGGGAGGCGGCCCGCCGCUGCACGUGAUGGCGCCGCUGGCGGGCUCCUUCUCUGCCGACGCGUCGUUGGCUGGUGCAGGGCAACCCCCGCACCAUCACCAUCACCACCCGCCGCUGACGUCUUCGACGUCUUGGGCGCCUAUGCAGACGCCGCCGAGCAUGGCGGCACGCAACCGGCGGAACAGCGGCAGCGCGGGUGGCGGCAGUGGCAGCGGCGGGCUGCCGCCGCCGCACCCGGGGCAUCCAACUGCCUCGGCGACGGCGUCUUCCAUAUCGUUGCAAGCCUCCGGUCUGCCCGCCGCAGCGUCUUCGUCCGCCGCCGGCGCGGCUGCUGCCAGCACCAGCACCGCCUCCACAGCCGCCUCGCCCUACCAGCCGCAGUUCGCCUCCACGUACCAGAACCCGCACUUCGCCACCACCUACCAGAACCCCCAUUUCUCACAGAUCGACUCGGCAGAGGCACGCUAUCUAGCUGCCGCAGCCGCUUCCGCUGCAGCCGCGCUCAGUGACGCCGCCAGCAGCGACGGCACCGGCGGCGGCGGCGCGGGCAGCGGCUCCCAUCAGCGCUUGUCCACGUUGUCAUCCGCACCAGCUGCGGCAGCAGGCGGCGGAUACGGACAACGGCCGGGCUCUUCCAACGGGACAGGUGCCAGGCCGCUUGGCGGGAACACGUCCAUACCGGAGCCGGCAUCGCUCGGGGGCGCCAGCCCACCGGGGGCCGCGAGGCAGGGCCAAUGGCCCGGCCAGCGCAGCACUGGCGGCGGCGGCGGCUCGCCUCUUGGCCCCGGCGUUGUUCUCGGCGGCAGCGGAGGCGCAGGGCCGCCGCGGCCAUUCUUUGGCGGCGCGGGGAUGGGCAGCGCAACUCCUGGCAGCUAUGGCGCGAGCGGCAGCGUGAGUCGCAGCAUGAGCCCGCUGAGAGGCGUGGCGGCGACGGCGGCGGCGGACGCGGCGACGCGCAGCGGCAGCGCCUCGCCGGCACGGCGGCGCGAGGGGCUGCUGGGCCUCAGCAUUGCUGUGCCGCCCAGCCCCGGUAGCGAGGCGGAGGUGACUGUAGUCCGCAUGCAGAGCUCGGCCUUGACACCCGAGGGCAACACGGGCGGGCUGCGACACCUGAGCCCCGCCUCGGCGUCUGUGCCCAUGUCUGUGUCCAGCCAUGGCGGCACGCCCUCCGUCGCGAGGUCGGGGCCGCACCCGCUGGCUGCCGCCUCCACGACUUCAGCGCCCGUGCCAGCAGCGGCGGCACUAGCGCUAGCAGCGGCGGCGCAGCAGCAGCAGCAGCAGCAGCAACAGCAGCACGAAGAAGGGUCGGGCCGGGGGCCAUCCGACUUCAUGUCUGGAUGACUCCGCCGCAGGAGGGGGAGCGGAGCGCGUUCAUCGCACUCGCAGUCGCCGGAGGAAGAGCCGCCGCCGCACCUGCAGCAGCAGGUGUAGCCCCGCGCAGCAAUGGUGCGGGGGCCAAUGAUGCAGCGCCUUGAAGACAGGCAUGGCAGAAGCAGCAGCAACACCACCGGUGGCAGUAGCAACAGCAGCACACGCAGUCAACGGACGCAGCAGCAGUAGCAGCAGCUGCCUCCGACACGUCACGCGCUUCGCUCCCGGGCGCGACCCCUCCUCUCGGCCGUAUGACCCUCAGCUUGACUCCGACCGGGGCGCCCUUCCCUCGUUGCGCCCAUCCCAAAUUGCAGCAGCCUUCCGCACGCACCAUGGCACACAAGUUGCCACGCGCAUACUUCACAAGUUUGGGUUGUGAAUCUUAGCUGGGCUCCCGUGGCGUGCACACCGCGGUGUGGCCGCCGAGGAGCACCGGCGCCGCCCAGUUCCAGAUCGUUCGCGCAUUGCGAUGGCACUGUGCUAACCGCUGGUUGUCGCCUCCCUGCCGCAUGCUGUGGUGGACUGGUGACGAUUUGCGGAAAGCACAGCGCACCGCAAUCGCGUGCGCUCGUUUCAUGCCUGCAUUUCACUUGCGUGUGGAGGGUCUGCUUUGGGGCGCCCCUGGCAGCGGUCUGAUCGGACGUGACCAUUGCAUAUGCGACUGUGACUGACGUGACGUGAAGCCUAUGUGUGUGUGUGGUGCGUUAAUGGUGCGCGCUGCUGCUGCGGCCACGUAUGCCACGUCAGAGCUACCGGGGCUGCCUUGCCGUGACUAUCCUGUUUAUAAUCGGACGAUUCAGGCCAUCGAACCUUUGAGCACGUAGCGACAUGGUGUGCACAGUUCAUGGUUGUGCGUGUCUAAGGCACGCCAUGCGGACAGCGAUCCGUCGGGCUGGCCGACCUGCAUUCGCUGUCUGUGGGCCAGGCUACGGGUCUAGCGUCUACGCGUGUGUGUGCGCAUGUACGCCCUCGCAGCGGGUAAGCCUGUUCUUGUGACGCCGCCUGUCCCGCUGCGGCCUUGCGGCUACCGACGAGGAGGAUGGCUUGAGCAUGGCUUGUGACCAAUGCGGCAAGAGAUAUGCGAUGGCGAUGAGUAUCGUGGAAUGGUGCCUGAAACAAGGCACCGCAGAAGUUGAGGGAACCUCUCUUGAUUUUGCCCCAUGCGUGCUGUCUAAAAAUUCAUGUCCGUCGCGUGGGUACUACGUGAACCCAAAUGCGUGCGUGAGUGGCGUGUUUACAAUAGACAAAACCCGGCGGGGCGUGCACGUGUGUUGUGUGCGCGCGACAUGUGUUGCGUCCACAUCUUGUCAUCUGUCAUGCACUAUUGAUGCGUUGGGGUUUUACCAGGGUGUUAUAUUUAAGCAGUGGAUCGGUACCGUUUACGCAUGCUUGCCAGCUACCGCGGUAUGGCGGCGGUCGUUACAGGAGGGGGACGGGGCAACGUGUUACAAACAUGGGUCGCAUGGCCGCCCGCCACUGCAGCAACAGCAGUGAAGGCAUUCAUUCCCCAUCUCAUCGGUUCUCGGCUCCGCAUCAAGUCGACUGCGAAGCGGCUGCAACGCCCGCUGUUGUGCUGAGCUCGUUGUGUUGAGGUCAGAUGGAUGUUAUGCCGCAUCCUCGUGGUGUGGUGUGGACUGCGUGGUGCGCACGCAAGCACCCGAACUUGCCGGGCGGAUGGCGGACCCUGAAGGCUGGGAGAGCUUUCAGGAGUGGCGAGGCUGUGGCCAUAGGUCGGCAGGCGCACCUGGGUGCGGGCUGUGUGUGGCGGUUACGUGGUAAGCAUUACAUGGCUAGACUAUUGGGGCCGGCGUAGUCGCAUCCGACCGUGGCUUGACCCUACUCUUCAUGCAGUUCAUCAAGACCAAAGCGCCUCUCUCUCUUUCUCUUACUUGGGCGGUCACCUGUGCCAGAACAAUAAAGUAUUGCGGGGUGUGAUUGUGAGGCCUCGUCUGGUGGAACUGGUCUUGCCGUGCUUGCUGGGCUCGGUAUUGGAUUGGGCCGGAAAGGCUUGAUCAUCCCGAUUGCGUCUUCGUUGGCAUGCUCAUCCCCAUAAUGCGUGUGUCAGAUGAGGGCGGCGGUAGAAAGGUUACGUAGGCCAUGCAAUGGGCGCAUCACGCAAAGCAGUGUCGAGAGCAGGAGUAGGAGCAGUGCGUGUGCUGGUGUGCAUUGUGGGGGAGUGAGGGGGUUCGGCAUCACCGUGUAACCCCAUCCCCGA